AUGGGCACAGGGGAUUAUCUCUGCAUUGCUAUGAGUGGAGGGGCGCCUUGGGGCUUUAGAUUGCAAGGUGGCAAGGAGCAAAAGCAGCCUUUGCAAAUCGCCAAGGUUCGCAGCAAGAGCAAAGCAGCUAAGGCUGGACUGUGUGAGGGAGAUGAGGUGGUGUCUAUCAAUGGCAAGCCUUGUGGAGACUUAACCUAUGCUGAAGUUAUUGUUCUGAUGGAAAGCCUGACUGACGUUCUGCAGAUGCUUAUCAAGAGAUCCUCCAGUGGAAUAAAUGAAACCUUGAGUGCUGAAAGAGAAAAUGAAAAGCACGAUAACAUAAAAAAUGAGGACUACAGGGAGAGUACUACACUGCAAAUUAACACAGCGAAAGAGAUACCCCAUGGAGAUUUAUGCAUCACAGAGAUAUACACUGAGACUCACCAGGGAGCAGGAGAAAGCAACAUACACUUUUCUGAAACAAAACAAGAGACCACACAAAGCCACAGAAUUACUCCUAAAGUGAUAGGCACCUCCAAAGUGCUCGUGACAGAUGAGGCUGCUUUCAGAGGGAAGAUUGAAGAAAGAAGGCCAGGUACUAUGGUUGAGCUGCAGUUGUCCCUCUCAAAUGAUGCGCACAAGGGCACCAAUGCUCCUACUGUGACUCUCUUAGGGGGAGAAAAAUGUACCCCUUCAGGAAGAGGACCCAGUGUACAACAAGACGGGACGAGCCCUGUAAUCGCAAUUCCCCUGGGCAUGAAAGAGGGCAACGUCCAGUGGUCAAGCAAAGUAGUCCAGUUUUCUAGUGGCAAAGAGGUCAAGAGGAUCCAAGGUGCAGCUCCAUCUCUCCCCAGGGUGGAGGUGAUCCUAGACUGUUCAGACAGGGAGAAGGAAGCACCCAGGUCUUUAACCGAAAGGGGGUGUGUUGAUUCUCAAGUGGAAGGAGGGCAGUCAGAAGCACCUCCUUCCCUGCUCUCCUUUGCAAUCUCAUCAGAAGGCACAGAGCACGGAGAAGACGACCAGCACUCAGAAAGGGAUCACAGACCUCUCAAGCACAGGGCGAGGCACGCAAGGCUCCGGCGAAGUGAGAGUCUGUCAGAGAAGCAAGUCAAAGAAGCCAAAUCUAAAUGUAAAAGUAUUGCAUUGCUGCUGACAGCAGCUCCCAAUCCCAAUUCCAAGGGGGUGUUGAUGUUCAAGAAGCGUCGUCAAAGGGCGAGGAAAUACACUUUAGUUAGCUACGGUACUGGGGAGUUAGAACGUGACGAAGACGAGGGUGAAGAAGGUGAAGGUGAAGAGGGGGACAAAGAAAACACUUUUGAAGUGAGUUUGCUUGCAACAAGCGAGUCAGAAAUAGAUGAAGAUUUCUUCUCUGACAUUGACAACGACGGUAAGAUCGUGACAUUUGACUGGGACAGUGGUCUACUUGAGGUUGAAAAGAAGACAAAAAGUGGAGACGAGAUGCAGACACUUCCAGAGAGCACAGGUAAAGGGGCCCUCAUGUUUGCCAAGAGACGGCAGAGGAUGGAUCAGAUUACAGCUGAGCAAGAGGAGAUGAAGGCACGCACAGUGCAUACAGAGCAACGAAGGGAAGCCACCAUGUCAGAGAACUUCCAGAAAGUAAGCUCUUCGGUCUAUCAAACAAAAGAGGAAGAAAUGUCACGACAGCAGACCUGUGUGAGCAAAAGCUACAUAGACGUGAGCCAGAAUCAUAGCAAAAUGGUACAACAAAAUGGCUUUGGCUUAGCACCAGACACAAACCUCUCUUUUCAGUCCUCUGAAGCUCAAAAAGCAGCAUCUUUGAAUAAAACAGCUAAACCCUUCCCUUCUGGGGUUCAAAACCGAGCAGCUGCACCAUUUUCACCCACAAGAAAUGUCACUAGUCCUCUUUCAGAUAUACCAGCACCACCUCCUUACUGCUCUGUUAGCCCACCACCUGAGGCUUUAUACAGACCUGUUUCAGCUCCUGUAGCCAGCAGAGCUGCCCCAACUGCGUGGUCACCCACUGAGCCAACAGAACACAUAGCAUCCAGAGAUGAAAGGAUUGCGGUGCCAGCCAAAAGAACUGGGAUACUGCAAGAGGCAAAGAGAAGAAGCACUUCAAAACCUAUGUUCACUUUCAAAGAAACACCCAAAGUAAGUCCUAAUCCUGCCCUGUUGUCCCUUGUACACAAUGCAGAGGGCAAAAAAGGUACUGGAGCUGGUUUUGAGUCAGGACCUGAAGAAGACUACCUCAGUUUGGGAGCAGAAGCUUGCAAUUUCAUGCAGACUCAAGCAUCUAAACAAAAGGCCCCUCCUCCUGUUGCUCCAAAGCCUUCACUCAAGGUCUCUCCUACUGCUGGUACUCCAGUUUCACCAGUUUGGUCACCUCCAGCUGCGGCUUCUAACAAGGCUCCUUCUUUCCCAGCACCAGCCUCACCUCAGGCAGCAUAUCCUGCACCACUCAAAUCUCCACAGUAUCCUCAUUCUCCUGCCCAUCCCCCAAGUACUCUCAACCUAGCUGGUCCUUUCAAAGGGCCUCAGGCAACCCUAGCGAGUCCAAACCAUACGCCCAAGACAACACCAGUCACACCAAGUGCUGGAGGAACAAAGCCACCCUUUGAGAUGCCACCAGCUAUGAGUGGAAAAGGAGCACAGUUAUUUGCCAGAAGGCACUCUCGAAUGGAGAAGUAUGUGGUAGAUUCAGAGACUGUGCAGGCAAACAUGGCACGAGCCUCAUCUCCAACUCCAUCUUUACCAGCUUCUUGGAAAUAUUCAUCUAAUGUCCGAGCACCUCCACCUGUUGCUUAUAAUCCCAUCCACUGCCCAUCUUAUCCUCCUGCUGCUACCAAGUCCUCCUCUAAGUCCACUGCUGCUACCAAAACUACAAAAAGAAAACCUAAGAAAAGUCUCAAUGCUUUGGAUAUUAUGAAACAUCAACCUUAUCAACUCGAUGCAUCUUUGUUUACUUUUCAACCUCCUAGCACUAAGGAAAGCCUUGCUAUUAAGCAGACAUCGAAGCUGUCCACUUCAAAGCAAGCUCUACCUUUAAGACCACCUAGCGCUGGCUCUCCUACUAACGUCCGGGCAUCUUCAGUGUACUCUGUGCCAGCCUACAGUUCACAACCUUCGUUCCAGUCAAAUGCCUCUAUCCCAGUAAAUGAAUCAUAUUCACCUACAGGUUACUCUGCAUUUUCUAAGCCAGAAACCACCACAUCCUCUUUGUUUACUGCUCCGAGGCCAAAAUUUUCAGCAAAGAAAGCUGGCGUCACUGCACAGGUGUGGAAGCCAUCAAUUAUUGAAGAGUAAACCUUGUAGCUGAAACUUAGUGUCCGUUUUGCUUGCCAUCAAUUGUUUGCAGUGGUAACCUGGCACACAAACAGUGCCAAUAGUAUUCCUUAACUUACUUAAUAACGUCAGAUGUAUCACCUCAAAUCUGGGUCCAAAAUAUUUGAGCUUUUUUAAGGAAUCAAAAUAGAUACAAAUUUUAGCACGUUUAUGCAUAUUAUCAGGUGCUUUAUACACAUAACAUCCUGAAAUGAAUAGAUACCAUUGUAUUAAGUAAGCAGGACACUAAGUUUUUGCUUUAGGACUACUACAACAGAAACACAGUAAGCAAUAUUCCUGGUAUGUCAAAUUAAUAGAGAAGAGCUUUCUUUCUGCCCCCCUCGCCAACUAUGUCCUAAUGACCUAGGGAUUUGAGGACUUUGUUUUUUAAAAGACGUGCCUUAUUAAAUGAUAUUAAUAGUAAUAUGUAUUACUAACAUAGCAUAAAAUAGAUACAGUAUUAGACUCUGACUGAUCACUAGCAGAAUACAACCGGAUAGACCUUUGGCCUGCACAGAGCCCCGCUGAAUUCGGACAGAAUCUGUCCCGGCUCAAAGGUCCUUCCACAGGAAUCUGGUUGAUCGGCCAGGGGCUUAGUUUGUAAGCUAUGUGGAUCAGCUGUGAUCCAAAAUCAUGAAUUGCCUCUGUGAUUUCACAGAGAAUGUUCUGUAAGAGAUGCUGGAGUGUUCUGAAGACUGAAAGAGGUGGAAAGACAGCUGGAAAAAUUGUUAAAGAUUUCCCAUUUUGGGGAAAUUUGACACCCCAAGUGCAGACAUAUUUUUAGCCAAAGUUUGCCUUGAAUCCAGCAAGUAAGAUAGAAGCCGGUAAAUCCAAAUUAUUGAACAGUCAGAGAGGUGAGCUGGGUUUUGCAGCUGCAAUGUAAUGCAAUAGUUUCUUGUGAAAGCACAGUGAUUGAGAACUGAAGGGAUACAUAUAUUCAAGAGUACUGAUUCUUGCAACCAGAGUAGUUUAUGUCACAGAAAUUAGCACUUAACAGUAAAUCAUAAAUAUGACCAUGUCUUCCUAUUGGUCUCUCAUACACAUUUUAUUAUUUUCACUUGGGGCUUUACACUGCUUCUUCCCACUUUAAAUCUUUUUACUCUGGUCUUAUACUUUCACCUUUUACUUGUCGUAUUGGGGACUAAGUAUUGAAAUACUGCUACUGGAGAAAACUCUUAGGAGUCUGUGGUCUUGAAACCUACUGUAUAAUACUGCAAUGAAUACACAGUUUUGCUGAAAUUAAGGAGCUAUCUUUGAAUAGUUUAGCAUGUUUCUCAGUAAGCAGUCCUGUUAACAUCAGUGGUGCUAGGUCUGAAACAAGGUGUUGUUUCACACAACUAAGGGUAUCAAAAUCCACCCCAAGUGUGAAGCUAAAGAUUAAAGCAUCAGUCUGUGAAUAAAGGUGGCAGAAUCUGUUGAUAUAUUUGUUUAAACUACCAUCCAGCUAGCUACAGACGAGGUUAUGGCUCUUUUAUAUCAUAGGGGUUUUAGUAGAACCAUCUAUCUCGAUGACGAAAACAUUCCCCAGUAUGAACAAAAUCUCCUUAUUUUGGUCCCAUGAUGGUAACUCAAACUGCAAACUUGAGAAGAAUGCAUUUGGUUGUACAUGCAGAAAGCAGACUGGAAUCAAAGUCUAAUCAAGCCAAUAAAAAUCUCCUCUUUGAAUUUUGGACCUCCAAAAUCUUACUCUCCCCUUUAAAUUUUGGAUUGGGAUACUGACUGCAUUAGAAGAAAAUAGCCAAGUGAUCCCUCUCCCUCUUAAAAUUCAGAACAGUGGGAAAUUUUGGAAAAAAAAAAAAAAUAGUUUCGAAAACUCAAGAAAGAAUUACACUGCAUUUACCUGGAAAUAGAAAGUAGCAAUAUUUUAAUCCUUUGGAGAUGUCCCUUCUAUCUGUUUUCCACUGUCAAUAUCUGUAUUUUUCUUCUAUCAUUAAACUUGUCCCUUUCCUCUCUGC